AUGCAAGGACCCAUUUCAAGCUCAUUUUCCAACUUUAAAAAUCUUCGAUUUCUUCAGUUUAAUUACAAUAAUUUCAGUGGAAAGGUAGGGUUAGACAUGUUCCUAGGACUCAACAAACUUGAAAGUCUCAUCUUAGGUAAUAACAAGAUAUCAUUAGUGCCCACCAACAACUACACCAAUAACACCUUACCAGAACUUAAACACCUAAUACUCUCAUCAUGUAACUUGAAGGAAUUCCCUGCCUUUUUGCGUUUCCAAAAUAAAAUGGAACUCUUAUUUCUCGACCGAAACAAGAUUGAUGGCAUGGUACCGGUGUGGAUUUGGAACAACAGCAAGGAAACAUUACAAGCGAUUGACCUUUCCAACAACUACAUCACCGGCUUUGAUCAGCAUCCUAUAUUUCUGCCAUGGAAAAGUUUACAAGCAUUUUCGAUCAAGAAUAAUCAGUUCCAAGGUCAGCUACCAAUUCCACCACAAAACACUGUAGUUUAUUCAGCAGAAAAUAAUCAUCUGACUGGAGAAAUACCAGCAUUAAUUUGUGAAGUGAAAUCUCUUCAAGUGUUAGAUUUGUCGUCUAACAACAUGAAUGGAACUCUUCCUCCAUGUUUUGGUGACUUAAUCAAUUCGUUGUUGACUUUGGAUCUGGGACGAAAUAACUUUCAUGGCACAUUAAUGAUGAAUGUGUUUAUGCAUGGCAGCCAGUUGGAAAGUAUUGAUUUGAGCGAAAAUCACUUUACGGGUCAGCUGCCAAGAUCAUUGACAAAUUGUACCAAUUUAGAGGUUCUCUCUCUUGGAGAUAACUCUUUUGAUGACGUCUUUCCUUUUUGGCUGGGAACUCUUGCCAAGCUGCAAGUUCUCAUCUUACGGUCCAACAAAUUAUAUGGUCCAAUUCAAGGUUCGACAACAGUUUGCUCACAUUUCCCUAAGUUGCGGAUCAUUGACCUCUCUAACAAUGGUUUUGGUGGCGAACUGCAAGCAAAGUACUUUCAAAAUUGCAAUGCCAUGAGAGUGGGUUAUGGUGAAUCAUCAGUUAUGGAAUCUGGUAUGUCCUUUGAACAUUUCAUGUCCUCGGUGCCAUACACGAUGACAUUAAUACACAAAGGUGUCAGAACAAAAUAUGAAAAGAUUUUAACAAUAUUCACGGCUAUUGAUCUCUCUUGUAAUCAUUUCGAAGGAGAAAUCUCACUAUCCCUCCAAGAUCUUCGAGGGCUUCAAGCACUCAAUCUUUCUAACAAUCAUUUUACAGGACGCGUCUUGCCAUCAUUAGGGUACCUAACAAAUCUUGAAUCGUUGGAUCUCUCACGAAACGAGCUAUCUGGAGAAAUCCCUCAACUAUUGGUACAACUUAACUACCUUUCCAUUUUCAACGUGUCAUACAACCAUCUUGAAGGGCGCAUUCCCCAAGGGCAACAAUUUAACACAUUUGAUAACAACUCCUAUGAGGAGAAUCCUGGGUUAUGUGGAAAACCUUUAUCCAAGGAAUGUGGGAAUUUAAAGGCAUUAAGACUUCCACCAGCAAGAAAUGCAUCCGAUUCUCUCCUCCCAAGCGAACGAAUUGAUUGGAUAAUCAUAUUCUCUGGAGUUGGAAGUGGGCUGGUUGUUGGGAUUUUUAUUGGCAACUCUUUACAUACAAAGUAUAGUGAACGAUUCGGAAAGAGGAAGGACAGAUGGGUAAGGCCACUCCGUAACACAAGGAGAUCAAACCAAGUACAAUAA